AUUUUCUAGUAAUUCUUGCAACAUUGGCUGGCCAUAUUUAAAUAACUAGAGUGGUUUAUUUUGCAUUGGGCAAAACAACUCAGUCCAUCAUCAAAUCUCCACCAUCAGCAAUCGAGCCCCAGCAUUACUAUGCUCAAGCAUGCAAUGCGAUAAAGAUCUAUGUCUUUUAUGUCUGUUUCCUUUUUACAUCUAUCUGCGGUCUUGAAUAAAUACACCCGAAACAUAGCGGCAGGCUGCAGCUAUUUUUUAUGUUUAUUUAGUUGGCACUUUGGCACCUUCAUUCACAGUCCAUUCACCAAGAUACAAGUAUCAAUACAGCAGUUUUGCUUAUGUUCUUUGAAAUAUCCAUUUCCUCUAUAGCGAAUAUAAAACAUACAUCUCUCUCUUUAUCCUUCUAUCUCUUCAAUGCUAACCCCAUUUCUCUCUCUCUUUUCUUUUGUUUACUCUCAUCUACUUCACCCCAUAUACCGCACCACCAGACGAAGCAUCAUGUUUGUCUUCCGGGCAGAGGACUUGCCCAAGGAUCCUGUCUUUCCUGCUGAUCUGAAGCAGCUUGGCUACUUCAUCAAUGACCAGGACCAGAUCAAAAAGAUCUCGAACCCCGAAGAGGACUUUGUUUUCAAAAUCAAUACCAAUGAUCGCUACAAUGAGAUGCAGAAGGAAGCUAUGAAUACAUGUAUCCGACAAAUCGUCAUUUCCCGUCUCCUCAAUCUGGGUCUCGAGACCCUCCGUCUCCCAAUUGGCGCAGCAGCAAACUCUCAACAUGUCUCCAUCCUAACAUCCCCAGCCUUCCAAUCCCAGCCCCGCCUCAUCGUCGUCUUUGGCGAUCCAACCCAAGACCUGGGCAUCUGGGCCUAUCGCGUCAUCAGCAAGAAGGGUAUCAACAUCGGCUCCGCCGUGAACUUUGCAACCGCGGUUGUAGGCGAUAGCAGUAGCAGCCCCAUGGGUUCUGAGUAUCAAACCGCUAACACGAACGUCGCUAAUUCAAGUAAGAAUCAGGAUCAGAAACAGAGCCAGGAUAACUGGUCCAACUCCCGCACGGGAACGGGCCUUAUUCUGACAAACCCAGGCCAGCUGGUAUGGCACUGCGGCAAGGAACAGGCUAUUUCGCUGCCAAUGUGGCAUGCUCUUCCUCGGCGCAGUGCCGUGGAGCCGCCCAUGCGGAUGACGUUCCGGAAUAAGAUCCCCGGUAACGAAACAUGGCAGGAUCACAUUACUUAUGUCUUUGAGGAGGUGCUGGGGAAACUUGCGGCGCCCGACGUGAAGAUCGAUGUCAUCGGGUUGGCAGAGGGGGGAUUAGGUGCCGUGAGAUAUUUGGCUGAGCACUGGCCAACCUGGCAAUCCCGCAUCUCCUCCAUCUGCCUCACCAACCCCCUCCACGACACAAACCACCUCCACCCGCCAGAAUUCGCCACCUUCAUGUCCACACGCAGCCGCGCCUACCUACUCUCCGAGAAACCACUCAGCACGCCCGUUGCGGGCCGCUACGAGUUCGGCUGUAACUGUUAUUCGGCCGGGGAGGCGUUGGAUGUCGAGUCUAUCAUGCCCAGGGCCUGGGGUGGUAUGCUGAAGUGGCUGGAUGUUAUGUUUGAGAAUAGCGCGCUAGAGGAGGUUGAGGUUAUUGUGGCGGAAGAUGGGGAGGGGGAGGGGGAUGUGGUGGCUUCUUAAAGGGAUGGAGUGGGUGGGUGGGUACAUGGGGUCUUUUUGAGGGUUUUGCGGAGGGUGGUGGUAUUUUAUUGCCCUUUUUUUUUUUUUCUUUUACCAUGUUUUUCUACGUUUUUCUGCUGGGUGUUGAAUACCCCCUUCUCGUUAUUAGGCCGGGCGGUGCGUGCUGCAUGGAUGGGAUAUUUUGGAUACAAAGGCAUAGGCAAGAUAGCAGUGAGUCUCGUGUGCUGGAAGCGAUUGCUUGCUGCAUACAACAACUUCUAUUAAUCUAUUUGAUUGUAAACACCCCGGGUUUUUAACGCACCAUCUUUGUAUACCCAAUGCAUAAAUGCAAGCUUGAUAGAUGAGAUGCAGAGUUAUGUACUUGGAAAGCUAUGUCCUUCAAGCUACCUGCCAACAAACACUACCAAUAAUUAAUUACAAAGGCUCGAACUAGCCUGAUAAGAAAAUUCUAGAUACUCAAAAGAUAGUACAUGGGAAAAGGCAAGAGAAACGGAAAGCAAGCUCUCUGCCAACUCCGCAGUGAAGUAUAUGCAU